AUGGUAGUACAUGACUCAAUCCCAGCUCAGUUACGAGUCAACAUCUACUCUGAAUCUCUACCCUUCAUCCAGAAGUUUCGUGGCAAGACCAUCAUCGUCAAAUACGGCGACGCCGCCAUGAAAUCCUCGUCCCUCCAAUCCUCCGUCAUCUCCGACCUCGUCCUCCUCUCCUGCGUCGGCAUCCGCAUCGUCUUCGUCCAUGGCGGUGGCCCCGAGAUCAACCAAUGGCUGAGUCGACUCGGCCUCCAACCCAACUUCCUCCACGGCCUCCGAAUCACCGACGCUUCCACCAUGGAAAUCGUCUCCAUGGUCCUCAUCGGCAAAGUCAACAAACACCUCGUCUCUCUCUCCUAUCACCUACCAGGAUCUCUAGUCCGAAUUCGAUGUCCCUAUUGA